CAAAGUUUCCAAAUUCCUUUCUGGGUUUUUCUCUGGACCCCUUAAUCUCAAAUGGGUCGUAGGCUAAACGACCCAGAACAGUCCCGUUUUGCCUCUCUCGUCCUCCUCUUGGUGGCUCUGUUCUCAUGUGUUCUGGUCUAUGCAGUUGUUUCUACACUCUUGAACCCCAAUGUGAAUUCUCGGGAUUCCAGAUUUGAGUCUUUGGAAGUGGUGGCGAGUGGUGGUUUGGGAGGAAAGAAGGGUGUGUGUUGUAGAGGCAUUGAGAAUUUGGAGCUGUGGGGUGCAGCUGUGAAGUGGGGGUCUGAGUUCAGGUUCAAUUCCUCUGUGGAAUGUUGUCAGGCUUGUAAGACCAUGUGUAGUGGCAAUGAUGGACCUUGCUUGCGUGAUACUUGGGUUUUCUGUGGGAACAAGAAGGCUUGCGGGUCCAGAUUUGGGGAGUGUCGAUUGAAGAAACAGAAGGAUACUUUGUCCCCUGAUCGGCAAGAGGCAGGGGAAACUGUUAGUUGGACUUCUGGGCUUAUCUUCGGGAAAGGAGAGGGUAUCAUUGAAAUGGGAACUGAAUAUGGUACUCUUCAUAUCAAACUUUUCCCAGACUGUGCUCCAUAUUCUGUGGUCUACAUUCUUGAGCUGUUAACAUUGUGCCAUUGUGCGGGUUGCCAAAUAUAUCGUGCAGAAAGCCGUGGAAAAUCUUGGGAUUCAAAAGGAAAUCACAUAAAAGAUACUCCUUAUGGUCCACCAUUUGCACUGAUUCAAGGAAUUCUUGAAGCCCAAGGAACCCCAUUCAAAAAGAUUCCAGCAGAGGCUUGCCCUACCAUAAGAGGGGGAUCAGUUGCCUGGAUUGGCUCUGGACCAGAGUUCUUUAUAAGCCUAGCAAACCACGAAGAAUGGAAAAAUUCAUACACUGUAUUCGGUUCUGUUCUUCCAGGGGACAUGGAGAUUGCAGAGAAAAUCGUGCAACUCCCAACCAAAUCAGAUGUUUGGAACAAUAUCAACUUCUCUGUCUUGCAAAAGCCUGUUCCCUUGAUCAUGCGAAGAAUGAAGAAGAGUCUUGGAGAUCUUAAUGCAAAUGUGAAAUCAAAUUGAAACUGGUAUACCUAUUUGCUGCUUUGUACACUAUAGUAUUCUACAAGGAUGCAUAUUUGCUUUUUUUUUUUUUUUUUUUGAACUUUUUCUUUUCUUGGGUAAUU